CACUUUGCAUGUUCGCCUGUCCAUAACCCACCAGGACACUUUCAGCUAUGGAGGACUAUUACGACAUCGACUCUAUUUUAUCGGAGGAUCAGAACAUCAAGUGCGUCUUUCAGAAAAAUAUACCAGGAUUAUCAUGGCUAGAAGGAGGACACGAUGAUACGCUCAAAGCAGGAUCGAGAGUCGAUAUCCCGUUCUGGCUGGCAAGAGAGAUCGUGGACCACCCUGAAGGCACGGUUCCGAUGGACAUUGAGACACCCGAGUUCUUUGGACCAAAAGUCAGGAAUGGACUUCGGGCGGAGGCAACUGUUGUGGAUCUUCCGAAAUUAUGCCCCAGCUUCUUCCGUUUCGGAACGCACUUUCUGCAGCUGAUUGAUGACCCUGCACUGGCGAAAGUCUUGGAAGAUGCAUUUAAGGCGAGACUCCAGAUGACAAUGGAUCACACUCAGUCAGGAGGAAACAGUAGCAAGUCGGCAGACUAUUUGGAUCGCUUGGAUGAUACCGAGCGCGAAUUAUACAAAGCAGGACUGGAGAGUUGCGCAUCGGUUCAUCACUGGAAUCAACAAUCGUUUGGAAGGAUACGAUCUGCAAGCGAGGUGCUUCUGAAAAGGAAGCUGGGCGCAUAGGAAGAAGGGCGACAGCAGCCAAUCAUCAUGGAUUCUUUACAGACGAACGCUCAGUAAUCCUAUCUCAUCUCUGGCUGGACCCAACGGCAUGAGCGCGCUACAUUUUUUUUUGUACAAUAGACCAUAUGAAAAUAACAUCAAAAAU